ACCACUGCCAAAUAUAUUUCUGGGCCAUUAAAAAAAAAACCCAUUUAUAAUUGACACGGGAGUUUUGGGCCUUGGACCCAUUCUCGCUCUUACAGUAUGGAAGUUUCAUCACCAAUCACUGUACGACACGACACCGAAACCGAUUUCCAACAAAACAUCACAGGCUUGUCAGUACGCAACACCAUCCCCAGCAUCACUGUCACAGUCCCAAUCAACGGCGUAAAACUCCACCAAAACUCACAGCAGCCGCAGCCGUCCGUGACGUUAUAAUUCCCCAGCUAACAAUCCCCAAAUAAUCGCUCAACGGGUCACCGGCAAUCCCCCAUUCCGGUCUCUCGGUUCCCAUUUUCCCAACAAAUCUUUCCCUUUCCCUCUCUACCUCUUGCCGAUACUAACCGAAUCACAAGUCCGAAAUCCCGAAACCGAAAAUCAGUGACAGACUCAGAGAGAGAGCGAGCGUGAGUGUGUGUGUGAAGCCCGUUGUAGUUGGCGAAAAUGGCGUCGUCGAAGGUGAUGACUUCAACGAACUCUAAUUCGAGGAAACCGGAUCAACCUCGACGCGCUUCUUCUUCCUCAGUUACAAAAGCCCAAUCACUCUCCGAUCACAGCAGAAUCACAAGUGCCAAAGCCAACAAUCUAGGAUCCUCCUCAAUGACCGUCGAUGGACUUCUACGUACUGUUUACGACUCCAACCCUUCCACCACCGAAUCCACCCUCCUCGACGCCCAAAUCACCGUGAUGGAAACCCCGAACCCGGUCCCCUCAGAUUCCCAUCCAAACGGUUCCUCCCAUGCUCCGAAAACAGUUGACGAGGUCUGGCGCGAGAUUGUCUCGGGCGACAGGAAGGAGUGCAAGGUGGAGGUGCCGGAUGAGAUGAUGACUCUGGAGGAUUUUCUGGCCAAGGCCGGGGCCGUGGAGGAAGAGGAUAUGAAGGUCGUGCCUUCCGAGCGGCUCAGCGGAGGGGUUUUCGCGUUCGAUUCAGUCACACCGAGCCCGUUCGCGGCUUUGGAUAGCGUCGACGGGGCCAUUGUAGGGUUCGGAAAUGGGGUGGAUGUGGUUGCAGGUGCAGGUGCAGGGAGAGGAAAGAGAAGCCGCGCGGUCUUGGAGCCGUUGGAUAAGGCGGCCCAGCAGAGGCAGCGGCGGAUGAUCAAGAACCGGGAGUCCGCCGCAAGGUCCAGGGAGAGGAAACAGGCGUAUCAAGUCGAAUUAGAGUCGAUAGCGACGAGACUAGAGGAGGAGAAUGAGCAGCUGUUGAAAGAGAAGGCUGAGAGGGCUAAGGAAAGGUUUAAGCAGAUCAUGGAAAAAGUUAUUCCAGUGGUGGAGAAGCGAAGACCACCUCGUGAGCAAAAAAAGUUAUUCCAGCUCCGAAGAGUUAAUUCGAUGCAGUGGUAGAUUUUUAUAUGCUCAGCGGUGUGGACAAAAAAAGAAACAACCUUCAGUGGAAUAGGGAGGAAAAAGGAAACAAUGUAAUUGGAAAUCAAUAAUCUUUUAGGUAAAUAUAUGAACCCGAUGGUUCAUCUAAAGAGCAAUCGUGGUUAGUGAUUAGUAAUUACAGGAGUAAUAGGGAUUGCAAGCAGAGUCUUGAAGGGAAUUUCCUUAUAUAGCUGAAGACAUAGGACUUCUAUUGAAGAAAUAGGCAGAAAUUUGAAGUUGAAUUAUGUAGUUGGCGUGCUAUAUGAUUUUUUUUUUUUUUCAAAAAUUUAUUUAUUACUGUGAAACUUGAUUGCCUUGUCAUGGGAGAUCAAGGUAGCCUGUAUUAUAGCUUUGAAGGUAGAGGUUCUAAUAGCAGAUUAUUGCAGUAGACUCAUGAUAAA